AUCAAUAAUUGUAUCAAUAAUUAUUUUCGCGUUAGUUUCUGGCAAUUUUCAACAAGUUUAACUCAAAAUAAGUGCAACUAAUUAAGCCACAAUGAAUAUCGUUCAAAAGAGGCUCUUAACCGGCGGAUUUUCCUGGAUAAACUUCACCCGGCGAUUAGGUCCAGUGUCUUUCUCCACCAAACCGGAACCACUUCCCUCGGCACCACGCACCACGAGCACCCCUUCAGCCACCACUACCACCUCCUCGACCUCCGGUGGAAGCUCGGAGCGGAAAAGCAUCGUCCCGCCGGACUACCGGUUCGUGUACCAGGAGUUUCUGCCGGACCCCAAGAUCGAAUGGCGCAACCCGAUCCGCGAGAAGCUCGAACGGCUGGACAUGCUGGACCGGCGGGCCAACAUCGACAUUCCGGAGUUUUACGUCGGUUCGGUGGUGGCCGUCACGUGCUCGGACGUUCACGCCGUGGGAAAGACGUCGCGCUUUCUGGGCAUUUGUAUUCUGCGCGAAAAGUGUGGCCUCCGGGCGCGGUUCAUCCUGCGCAACGUGGUGGACAACCAGGGCGUCGAGGUGAUGUACGACAUGUACGAUCCGACGCUGCUGAAGGUGGAAGUGCUGCGGCUGGAGAAGCGAUUGGACGAACACUUGCUCUACUUGCGUGACGCCCUGGACGAGUACAGCACGUUCGACCUGAACAUGGAGGCGGAAAUUCUGCCCGAGGGAGCGCCGGUGCCGGUGAAUGAUGUCAAGGUGACACUGAAGCCGCGGCCCUGGUACGCCCGCUGGGAGCGGCACAACCUGGCCGGAGUGGCCAACGUGGACGAGCACACGAACGAGAAGAAGGCACGCAAGGCGGCGCGGGUGGCCACUCCGUGGGAGCGGUACGACUUGAUGAAGCAGUACCGGCGAACGAUUCCGGACGAGGAGCAGAAGGAGAUCUUCGCCGAGGUGUACUCGCAGCUGCACCAGCUCGAGCUGACGCGGAAGAAGCUCAAGCGAAAGCGCACCUUUGUGAAGCCGACGAAGUUGGCUUAAAGGGUGGUGGGGGAUGGCGUGUAGAGUUAGCAUUUUUGUCGCGUUUUGAAAAUAUAGAAGGAUGAAGAAAAAUG